CUCUGCGGUACGGGUCGGAUCUUUUCUGCCUUCCCUCUCAGCCAAUCCCCCCUCGUUUGGCUCCUCCUCUUUCCCAUCUAGGGUUUCAUGUCGCUGCUUCCGAUGCAUAUUCUCUGUCUUUAUCGUAUCUCGUUUAUCACGAAGCACGAUUUGAGUGGUCGUCGAUCGUUUCCCUCGUUGCCUGGGCGCACCGUCGACGAUCUCAGCGACGACCUCUUCGCACCCCCUUUCUUUUCAGCUACCGGCCUGUUCUGAUGUGUGUCCAUGAUGGGUCGAUGGAAGCGAUCCAAAUGGUGAAGCCAGUGAAGGGGACGACCACGGUCUUCUUCGUUCUCAAAGGAAGGCGUCAUUGUCGCCUCCGAUUCUCGCGCUAGCAUGCGACGAUAUAUUUGAACUUCUAAUUUGACUGUUGCUCGACAUUAUGUAUAUAAGACAUGCUUAAACAUAUCAUUUAUUCCUUGGUGGGACUAUGACUUCUUGUCAACAUGCUUAAAGUGAGUGAUCAAUUGGACGAGUACCAAGAGUGUGAUGAAAAUAAUCGAGAUCAAUCCAUGUAUGCUCGGUACAAUUGCUGGAGGUGUUGCAGAUUGCCAAUUCUGGCACAGGAAUGAAGGUAUCAAGGCAUUGCUGUUACCUGUCCACACAUAUUUGUCUACAUUGUACAUUUGAUAGUCUGUUUAUACAAUUGUGAUUUCUACCUUAGUUAUGCUGUUAUUUGUCCAUGACUAUUGAAAUUUUGGGUUAUAAUUCAUUAAAUCUUUUAAUGGUCAUCAUUUUCAUCCUGUGAAGUGAUGCGUACAUGAACUGGCAAACAUGAGAAUGAUCUCAGUUGCAGGUGCUUCAAAGCUAUUAGCAAACAUUCUUUACUCUUCAUUGAGGAAUGGGUACUGAACUCUUAUCGCGGAAUGGGCCCUUCAGUAGGGACCAUGACUGCUGGAUGGAACGAAAAGGUGUAAGCUAGUUGUUUGUUUCUUUCUCCUGUUUCCACUUAAGCUGUAUUCCUGGUUCUCUUUGAUUUUAGAGGCCUGGAUUGUACUAUGUUGACAGUUAAGGUGGAAGGCUCAAGGGAACACACUUUUAAGUUGGCCCAGGAAGUCCAUAUGCUUAUGGUGUUCUGGAUAAUGGGAAGCUGCAGAACUGGCACAGUGGACCAUUUAUCGUGCAACUUUUUGUGAUGGUGCUAGUGGUGGAGUGGCCAGUGGUACAUCUUCAAGACACAAGUAUUUUCUAAAUUCUGUCAAUGGACUUGAUCUAUUUUUGGUGAUUCUGUUUUUAACUAAGCUUAUUUGUUAGAGAUUUACUAUCUUGUUGCAUUAUUAUUUCCUAUCAUUGUCACCAUCUGUUGAUAAGGGUUUCCUUGGUUACAUUGAAUGGUACAGACAAGUGGAUCAACUUUAUCUGAUGAAACUAUCUUUAUCAAAUCCCAAAUAUCAUUUGAUUGUGCUACAUUUCACAUAUGGUAAAAUGACAUUAACUAGUUAUUCCAUGAUCUUUGCCACUGAAAUUCUGAUACUGCUUCUAUCUUGUCAUUCUAUACUAGAUUUCAGCCUCAUUUCCAUUUGAGACACUGGUGCUUUUAGUACAGUUUACCAUGCUGGGACUGAUGGUUGGAAGAAGCUCUCUGGAGAUGAUGUUGUUGAGCUUCAUUACAAGUAUCAUCCUGUGGUCCAAACCCCCCUGUUAGCAAGAAACGGCAAGACGAACCAGCAGCCUGAAUGGCCCAGCCUUUUGCUUUGUCAACUUUAUGGAGGGAUGUUACCAUCCGUUCAACCUUGCUGCAGUAGAUGAUUCAGAAUGGAUUGCGUGGAUUCAGAAGCACCAACACAGCCUACACCAACUCAAGAAGAGUUGGAAAGCCAACUUUACAUGCUCCACCGGUAAUGGAUGAUGGCUCAUGAUGCUAAUGAGAGCUACACAGAUCACGGAGAAGACAAGCGUCUCCGGCCAUGACAUUACUUUAACAUGGAAACGUGAUCUUUACUCCAUGAACAGCACCGCAAGGAAAGCGAGGCACUAACAAAAGUAUCCCGCGGGAUCGCAGGAAACUGGAAAAAGUACCAUCACUUUAACAUCCAAAAAAGUAGAGCCCAAGGUAAAGAUUUCACACCGUCUCCACCCGACUACUCUCCGCUCCUCUUCUCGUGGUCUCCUUAAUUACAACACCAAACCAUGCCCCACCCUCCUCUUCCUUCGUAACCUUUGCUUUCCUGAGACUCCCCUUUGCUCCCACGCGUACCACAACCAUCGAUGGCUUAAGAAUAUGUAUGCAACUCUUCUUCUCCACCCUGUCCUAUCGCCACUUCGUCGGAGCAGCAGCAGCAGAGAAUUGAAUACACUGAGAUUAGAUGAGGAGGAGGAGGUAUCUCUUCACCGUCAUUUUUUGGGUAGUUCAUAUAAUUCAUGUGGCGAGGAGAUGCCCGGCAUUGUCGUCCGACGGGGUCUCCCUUCUCGCCUUCAAGGCUGCGGUGUCCGACGACCCGUGGGCGUUCCUCGCGGGGUGGAGCGAGGAAGACGAGGACCCCUGCCGGUGGCCGGGCGUCUCCUGCGUCAAUUUCACCGGCUUCAUCCACCCCCGCGUCGUCGGCGUCUCCGUCUCCGGCAAGAACCUCACCGGCUACAUCCCCCCCGAGCUUGGCGCGCUUCCUUUUCUCCGCCGCCUCAACCUCCACGGCAACCGCCUCUCUGGCACCAUCCCGCCCCAGCUCUUCGACGCCUACUCCCUCCGCUCGCUCUUCCUCUACGACAACUUCCUCUCCGGCCCCUUCCCCGCUGCCGCCUGCGUCGUGCCACGUCUCCAGAUCCUCGACCUCUCCGAGAACGCCUUCUCAGGACCGCUUCCGCUGGAGUUGCGCGGCUGCCGCCAGCUCCAGCACUUGCUGCUAGAGGAGAACCGAUUUUCCGGCGAAAUCCCCGCCGGGGUCUGGGCGGAGAUGUCGAAGCUCGUCCAGCUUGACCUCUCUUCCAACGAGUUCGAGGGGCCUAUCCCGCCGGACCUUGGCGAGCUCGACUCCCUCGGCGGCACGCUCAACCUCUCGCGCAACCGUCUCUCCGGCGCGAUCCCCAGCGAGCUAGGGAACCUGCCGUCGACAGUCAUCCUUGACCUGCGCUACAACAACCUCUCUGGGGAGAUUCCCGGGGCGGGGUCGCUGGCUAACCAGUACCCGACGGCGUUCCUCGACAACCCGGGGCUGUGCGGGUUCCCGCUCACGAUCACCUGCGAGGGGCCGGUAGGGGCGCCCUCAGCGGCGGAGGAGGAGGAGGGCCGAAGGGGAAUGAAGGCAGGGCUGAUCGCGGUGAUCUCGGUGGCGGACGCGGCCGGGGUGGCGCUGGUGGGGCUGGUGCUGGUGUGCGCGUACUGGAAGGUGAAAAAUCAACAGAAAGGCCGAGCGAAGCUGGGCCACGGCGGCGCAGGACUUGGCCGGCGGUGGUGCUUGUUUCCGUGCGGGGCGGCGAUGGCUGAGAAGAAGGAUGGCACGUCGUCCUCGGAAGAGGAGGAUGAUCAGGGGGGAGGCGUCGAGGGGGAGCUGGUGGCGAUGGACAAGGGUUUCAAGGUGGAGCUGGAGGAGCUGCUUCGGGCGUCGGCGUACGUGCUGGGGAAGGGGGGGAAGGGCAUCGUGUACAAGGUGGUGGUGGGGGAUGGGAUGGCGGUGGCGGUGAGAAGGCUGGGAGAGGGCGUUGGCGGAAAGUACAAGGAGUUCGCGGCGGAGGUGAGGGCGAUGGGGCGGGUGCGGCACCCCAAUGUGGUGCGGCUGCGUGCCUUCUACUGGGCGCCUGACGAGAAGCUGCUCAUCACCGACUUCAUCUCCAACGGCAAUCUCGCCGUCGUUCUUCGCGGCCGGACGGGGCAGCCGAAUUUGUCGUGGGCGGUGCGGCUGCGCAUCGUCAGGGGCGCCGCCCGCGGCCUCGCCCACCUCCACGACUGUAGCCCCCGCAAGCUCGUCCACGGCGAUCUCAAGCCCUCCAACAUCCUCCUCGACGCCGACUUCAACCCUUACAUCUCCGACUUCGGCCUCCUCCGUCUCCUCCCCCUCACCUCCUCCGCCGCCACCAACCCCACCUCGGCCCCCUCCUACUCCUCCACCGCCGGCCUCUUCGGACCGGUGCCGUCCUCCGUCCAACCCACCCUCCUCGACCGCCCCAACCCCUACCGCGCCCCCGAGAGUCGCGCUACGGGCCACCCGACGCACAAGUCCGACGUGUACUCCUUCGGCGUCGUGCUGCUGGAGAUACUGACCGGUAAGCAGCCGGAGAUGCCGUCCUCUUCGGCGGAGCAGGUGGCGGGGCUAGUGAAGUGGGUUAGGAAGGGGUUCGAGGAGGCGAGGCCGCCGUCGGAGCUGGUGGACCCGGCUUUGCUGCAGGAUGUGCGCGCGAGGGAGGAGGUCGUGGCGGCGUUCCACGUGGCGCUGGCGUGCACGGAGACGGACCCGGACGUGAGGCCGAGGAUGAAGGCGGUGUCGGAAGACCUCGACCGGAUCGGGUCAUGGAGGAAGUGAUCAAGAACACAUAUACCAUCCAGACAAGGAGGAGAAGUCUUCUUGAUCGUAUAUAAUACUAGCAGUAGGGUCAAAAUGUAUUCUUUCCUUUCUGGAGGAGGUGGGAGUGAAAUAAAUAUUGGAGAAGGUGAUGAUGUCUUCCAUCUCUUCCGUCUUCUUCUUCUUCGUACCUUCGGCAGGGAAAGACCAGUCGAGUCAGAAACGUAAAAGCAGAGUCGCUGGUGGACGAGGAUGGACAGGAAAUGCAUGAACGUGCAUCUCCUACGACUCUCAGAAACGCUGGUGGACGAGGAUGAACAGGCAUUAUAUAUAUAAAGAUUCUCAGAAAAAAAAAAAGGACAUGAAACAUAAUUGUUGUCUUCCAAAACUAAUUAUGUUUCUCUCGUCUUCAUAAUGCAGCUUGGAAUCCAGAGGCAGAAGACCUUUUGCUCCUGGAAAAGGUAGAGAGGGUCCUUCCAAAUGUAGUACAAAAAGUAAACAGGGAGAAGAAAGGGGAAAACAUAAAAGAAGAGGGAACACUGCUGGUGUUGAUAAUAUCACGGAGGACACAACCGUUGGAUCCUGAUCCAACGGAUGGGCAUCACUUGCAAUCUCACACGCCAAUUGUGAUUUGGUUUGGUGUGUCAUGUGGGGGGGUGGGCGUUGGGUCAGAAAGGAUGGCUGAUGGAGCAAAUGAGCACACCAAGAUCACAAGCUCCACUCAGUGAUGGGUGGCUCCGAUUCAGCCAUGUCAGUCCCAACGCUACCAUAUAUAUUGUUUGUGUUUAAAGAUAUAUAUAUAUAUAUAUAUAUAUAUAUAAUAUUUUGGAGUAAUUGUUUAUUAGGAUUUUUUUGGCACCGCGUUCGAAGAUGCAACCUUUACCAUUCCUUGGCCCCUGUUUCGACCCAUCCUCUCGCCAUUCCUCUGAUUUCUCGCUCCGAUCGAUCGAGCUCGAUCGGCGUCUACAAGUUUAGACGUUCUCCAGCUUCGAUUUCUUGGAAGCAUGUGGAAAUUUUUUAUCCUUUCGUCCUGAUUUCGGGUUCGGGUCGCUGUUCAUCGGUCUCGUUUCCUCUGGUUUCUUCUCUGCGAUCCGACCAAACAAUCCUAUUUUUCUUCGUUGAUUUCCUUUUUCACUGAUCUGUGGAAUUUUCUGGCGUUGAUUCGUACUUCUUUGAUGUUCGCUUAUUGACAAGUUUGAUUUCUCGGUGGUGGAUCGGAUAUCUUUCGAGAAUUUCUCAAUGGCUCGAGAAAGCUGUAAUCUUGACAAAGAUGAGGCGGAGAUCUUUAAGGCCUCCUCCUCCUCUUCCCCUUCUGCUUCGCCACCCUCUCCCCCAUCAUCAUCAUCAUCAUCACCACCACCACCCCCAUCUUCCACCGGUCUCCUGAAAUCGUGCGAGGAAUCCACCACUGAGAGGCGCGAGAGGCCGGAGAUCCCGGCUCCUGCGAUGACAUUCACGGCUUCUUCCUCCUCGAAGCUUGACGAGGAGUCGGAGUCGUCGAAGCCAGACGAGGAGUCACAUACUCCUGUAAGAUUCAGUAAAAGGUGUUCCACUUGCCGCAAAAAGGUCGGUCUCACCGGGUUCCGGUGCCGGUGCGGCGACCUCUUCUGCGGUCGCCACCGCUACUCCGAUGCCCAUGAAUGCUCCUUCGAUUACAAGGCCGCGGGGAGGGAGGAAAUCGCCAAGGCCAACCCUUUAAUCAGAGCUGCCAAGAUCAUCAAGAUCUGAGGUUAGGUGAUCAUAAAGUGUGUGUGGAAGGCCAACCUGGAAACUACUGCAAGUGGGCUCAAGCUACCCUGAUGAUGUGAAACAAAAGCUUUUGGAAGCAUGCUUCUCUAUGUGGCAGUCUCAAGAAAUUGCUGCACUUGCUGUCCUUUCUCCUGUCAAAAAACAAACAGUCUAAUUUGGAGGCUAUUAAGUUGUGAUCUCAAAAGUUCAGGGCUAGCAAGACCAGAUCAUAGUCUUUCAUCUCCUCUCCCAAGAUGGGUUUGGAAUUAUAUUUCUGCUGAUGAAUUAAGCAAAUGAACUUUGGUCUAACUUUCAUUUACUUUGACCAUCAGUUGUUCUACCAUUCUCAACUUUUAUCUGGUGUCUAUUGGACUAUACACUGUUGCUUGCCUCCUGUA